AUGACAGUCGCUGAGUCCUCGGAGGAGCUCGAACAUGAUACUGGAACCGAGAAGGACUCAGUGACUAAUACUUCUUUGUCUCCGGAAGUGAUUGCUGUUAGAGACUUGAUUAUUUCAUGGCUUACGAUGGUGCCUGUUGGUAUUGAUGUUCUGAACGUUGCGGUUGAAACCCUCAGGGCUGUUGCCCCCGAUGAUUCUAAGGAGACCUUUGGUGAAGGGGUUGAUGCUGCUUCAUUGGUGACUAACGUGCACGAAG